AUGGAUGAUGUCAACUUAUUAGAAUUUGUUCCCGUCAUCAGGCAAAUACUUAAUGGUGCAGAUCUUGAUAUAAUUUCCGCUAGGGAUGUACGACGGGAGCUGGAAAAAAAGUAUGAUUUAGAUCUUACACCACGCAAACAAGAAGUACAACGUCUCGUUGAGCAGUGUUUUGAUGAUUUAAGUAAUUCGGAUGAAUUAGAUUAUGAACCAGUAGAAUCCAAAUCGCCUAAAAAACAAAAGAAACAUAGCAAUAAUUCUGAAGAAAAGACGAAAAAAUCAUCUGACAAACCUUCAAGGAAAAUUGUUAAACCCAAAGGUAGGCCUUCUAAACCGCAAGUUAAAACCCAAGAAUCCGAUUAUUAUUCGUCCCUGGAGGACGAUUUCCCACCACAAAAAAAGAGGCGUGGUCGAAAACCAAAAGCUCCUUCAAAAGUAGAAUCAUCUGAUGCUGAAUAUGAAAAGAGAUUUGAGGAGGAAUUGAAUGGAACGAAUAUGAAAAAAUCAAAAGCAAAAAGUAAUGGGUCUACCACUAAAAAGAAAUCGAUUAAACGAAAAAAGAGGGAUGAGGAAGAACAGGACGGUGAAGAACCAAAGAAAAGAAAAAAAGGCAAUACCGGAAUCCAUAAGCCUUUGAUAUUAAGUCAGGUUUUGGCAGAAUUUUUACAAGCUGAGGAGAUGUCACGACUUGAAGUAGUUAAACGUCUUUGGGCAUAUAUAAAAGAAAAUGCGCUCCAGGAUCCCAGUGAUAAGCGAUUUAUCGUUUGUGAUGAAAGAUUAAUGACCAUAUUUAAUCAGGAUAGAAUCCAUAGCUUUACAAUGAAUAAAUUUUUGACAGUUCACCUAAAAAAGAAAGAAAUAUCAUCUGAUGGAAGUGUUAAAAAUGCCAAUGGAACAUCUAACAAUUAUCGUAAAAAUGAAACUUCGAUUAAAAUGGAACACAAGGAGGAUUAUGUUAAGGUCAAAACGGAACACAAGGAGGAUAAUGUUAAGGUCAAAACGGAACACAGGAAGGAUUAUGUUAAGGUCAAAACGGAACCCAGGGAGGAUAAUGUUAAGGUUAAAAUGGAACCUCAGGAGUAUGAUGUUAAGGUUAAAAUGGAACCUCAGAAGAAUUGGGAUAACGAUGACGAUGACGAUUCUGAUUGGUAA